AGAGCAGCAUGAGUCACUUUUCAAUUCAGCUUGUUGCAUUACUUUCACUCACGCUUUUGCUUCCGAAUACGCAUGGCUGGGGAGACGAUGGCCAUGUCAUUGUUUGCAAGAUCGCACAGGCUCGUCUGAGCAAAACUGCUGCAGAGGCUGUGCAAAAGCUGCUGCUAAAAUCUGCAGAAAAGGAGUUAUCGAGUAAGUGCUCGUGGGCAGAUCAUGUUCAUCAUAUCUAUCCCUGGUCCUCUGCUUUGCACUAUGCAAAUACUCCUGAUGCCGUUUGCAGUUACAAUAACAGCAGGGAUUGUAUAGAUUACAAGAAAGGAAUUAAAGGACGAUGUGUUGUGGCUGCCAUUAACAAUUACACAACGCAACUUCUCGAAUAUGGCAGUGAAACAAAAUCCAAAUAUAACCUCACACAAGCUCUUUUCUUCCUUUCACAUUUUGUCGGAGAUAUCCACCAGCCUCUACAUUGUGGUUUUCUCUCCGAUAGUGGAGGCAAUUCAAUUAAUGUUAAAUGGUACACAAGGAAGCAAAAUCUUCAUCAUGUUUGGGAUCAAACCAUACUUCAAACAGAAGUUGACAAAUUUUAUGACUCAGACAUGGGCGAGUUCGUCGACGCAAUUCAACAGAAUAUUACGAAAGUAUGGGCCAACGAAGUAGAAGAGUGGGAACACUGCGGUGACAAUGACCUUCCAUGCCCAGCUCAAUAUGCAUCUGAAAGUAGCAUAGAUGCUUGUAAAUGGGCAUAUAAAGAUGCGACGGAAGGUUCAGUGCUAAGUGAUGACUACUUCCUGUCACGUUCACAAAUAGUGAAUUUGCGGUUAGCUCAAGCAGGAGUUCGUUUGGCUGCUAUUCUUAAUCGUGUUUUUGACACAAAGCUUUCGUCGUCGAUGUAGUUGCGUCGACAAUUAGGUUAAUAAAGUGCCGUCUAAUUCCUGAGCUUAAUUUUAAGUGCACUAGUCUUUGUGAUCGUUGAGUUUACUGGUUUAUGUAACAUUGGACAAAAUGAAGUCUAGGAAACUUCAAGUUAUAAAGGCUUCAUCUAUUAAAUUGGAAUGUGUUUCGUUAUUAUA